GGUAAUAGCUAAUAGCCAGUAAUAGGUGUUACCCUAUAGACGGCAAAGAUAAACUGAGAGGUGACACACAGUGAGGAAUACGAACUCUACGAAACAACCCACUCAGUUAAUCAAGCUUCCACGUUUCUCCGUUUCUGGCGUUAGGUUUCUAGCUCUGGACUUCGCCAUUUCAGCCAUCCCACACGACUUUCUUCUUCAAAGCUUCACUAAUUGUACCGGGUCUGGGCUCUAGCAAACCCAGUUGAAUUAGCUGUUUCAGAUGUUGGAAUUGGAGUAAAAUGAUUAGAAUUCUGGAUUUUUAGUCUCAAACAGAGCACAAAAAGACCUCAAGAGAUAGAAGCUGCCCUCUAUUAUCGGCUUAGAAUGACGGAGGUAGGUUUCAUCUUUCCGUUGCAGAGUUGCAUUGCAGGAUCAGAGCUUUUCUAGAAGCUUCCGGAAGGCCCCAUGCUAAUCCAAUCAUCCCCACUUCUCCUCCAAACUUCUCCUCCCCCUCUCCCUAGGAGGAUAUCAAGGAAGGGAAUUAUUAGAUAUUGUAUUGAGCACACUUCAUUAAGCAGCAAAGAUGUUGUCAGACAUGUGCUAUCUGGUCUUGCUGCUUCAACUAUACUUUUUUGUCAAACAAGCCAGGUCCUUGCAGCAGAUCUUUCUCAUCACCAUAACUUAUUCGAGCUUGCAACAGCUGCAGAUAAUCGUCCUACUCUUCCACUCGAUGAAGGGUCUGCAGAUAGUGGGAAAUUGAUGAUGAUGAGAGGUAUGACGGCUAACAAUUUUGAUCCAACAAGAUAUGCUGGGAGGUGGUUUGAAGUAGCUUCUCUUAAACGUGGAUUUGCUGGACAAGGACAGGAAGAUUGCCACUGCACACAGGGCGUAUACACAUUUGAUCCUGAGGGCCCUUCUAUCCAAGUUGAUACCUUUUGUGUUCAUGGUGGCCCGGAUGGCUAUAUUACAGGAAUAAGGGGGAAGGUACAAUGCCUUUCUGAGGAAGAUACAGAGAAGACUCAGACUGAUCUAGAAAGGCAAGAGAUGAUUAAAGAGAAGUGUUACCUUCGUUUUCCUACAUUGCCAUUUAUUCCCAAGGAACCAUAUGAUGUGAUCGCAACUGAUUAUGAUAACUUUUCUCUCGUUUCGGGAGCGAAAGAUAAGGGUUUCAUUCAGAUUUACUCAAGGACACCUGUUCCCGGACCGGAGUUCAUAGAGAAAUACAAAACCUACUUAGCAAAUUAUGGGUAUGACCCAAGUAAGAUCAAAGACACCCCACAAGAUUGUGAAGUAAUGUCUAAUAGUAGGCUUGCAGCAAUGAUGUCUAUGUCUGGAAUGCAGCAGGCUCUAACAAACCAAUUCCCUGAUCUGGAAUUAAGUGGUCCUCUCCAAUUAAAUCCCUUUACAAGCAUAUUUGACACCUUGAAGAAGCUUCUUCAGCUUUAUUUCAAGUAGUUCUUCUACUUCCAUUUAGAGUGAUAUGUAUUUAACAUUGUAAAGUUGUUGGAUCAAACUAGUAAUUUUUACAAACUUUCGGUAAUGCCGAUAGUUCUUGUCCAUUAUUGGUGGAAGAAGCAGGGUCUUGCUUGAUCCUUUGCAUUCCCUUGUUACUGGUACCUAUGUAAUUCAACAUUGUUUGAGCUUUGUCUCUUCGGUAAUAUCUGAUAAAAGGCAAAUUUUGAGCAUUAA